UUCCUCAAUAGGUCAGCUCCACCCUCUCGUCCAAAUAUGGUCACUUCUGGCUCCAAAAAUCAAAGAUGGCGACGGUCCAAUCGCUAAACUCGAGGUUUCAAAACAGCAGUCAACAAACGGGUCUUACCAUUCAAAGUGCAUCAGCUUCUCGUUUCCAUGGUCCAACCUCAGGCUGAUCCCGCUUCUGCUGCUGUUUCUUGGUUACUCUCGCGGGAUGCCACACGUUUUAAGAUUUGGAGGAAUAUUUGAAUCCAUUGAGAGCGGCCCCUCCGGAGCAGAGGAACUAGCCUUUAAAUUUGCUUUGAACACAAUCAACAGGAACCGCACCUUGCUCCCUAACACCACACUGACCUAUGACAUCCAGAGAAUAAACAUCUUCGACAGCUUUGAGGCCUCCAGGAAAGCAUGUGAUCAGCUUUCCCUCGGGGUGGCGGCCAUUUUUGGCCCCUCACACAGCUCGUCGGCCAACGCGGUCCAGUCCAUCUGCAAUGCUUUGGGAGUGCCCCACAUCCAGACCAAGUGGAAGCAUCAAGUGUCAGACAACAGGGACUCGUACUAUGUCAGCCUGUACCCCGACUUCUCCUCCCUCAGUAGAGCCAUCCUCGACCUGGUGCACUUCUUCAAGUGGAGAACAGUCACUGUGGUCUAUGACGACAGCACAGGUACAGGUCUCAUUCGACUGCAGGAGCUGAUCAAGGCACCGUCACGAUACAACAUUCGUUUGAAGAUUCGACAGCUGCCCACAGAGACCAAGGAUGCCAAGCCACUUCUGAAAGAGAUGAAGAAGGCAAAGGAGUUCCAUGUCAUUUUUGAUUGUGGGCACGAGAUGGCUGCCUGGAUACUGAAACAGGCCCUGGCCAUGGGUAUGAUGACAGAGUACUACCAUUAUAUUUUUACUACCCUGGACCUUUUCGCCCUGGACAUGGAGCCGUAUCGUUACAGUGGAGUCAACAUGACCGGGUUCCGCAUCCUCAACACAGAAAACUCUCAGGUGUCGUCAAUCAUUGAGAAGUGGUCAAUGGAGCGGCUACAAGCCCCACCCAAACCGGACUCAGGCCUGCUGGAUGGAUUCAUGACAACGGACGCGGCGCUGAUGUAUGACGCCGUGCAUGUGGUGGCGGUGGCGGUGCAGCAGUCACAGCAAAUCACGGUCAGCUCUCUGCAGUGUAAUCGCCACAAGCCGUGGCGCUUCGGUGGACGUUUCAUCAGCCUCAUCAAAGAGGCUCACUGGGAUGGUUUGACGGGACGAGUACUCUUCAAUAAGAGCAAUGGACUGAGAACAGAUUUCGACCUGGAUGUCAUCAGUCUGAAGGAGGAGGGACUGGAAAAGAUUGGAACAUGGGAUCCUCCCAGCGGUCUGAAUAUGACAGAGUCUCACAAAAGCAAGACAUCCAACAUCACCGACUCUUUGGCCAACAAAUCCCUUCGUGUAUCCACCAUACUGGAGGAGCCAUAUGUGAUGUUUAAGAAGUCGGACAAGCCUCUGUAUGGGAACGACCGUUUUGAGGGCUACUGUAUCGACCUGUUGAGGGAGCUCUCCGGCAUCCUGGGCUUCCGCUACGAGGUGCGAUUAGUGGAAGAUGGGAAGUACGGCGCACUGGAUGAGGGUACAGGCCAGUGGAACGGCAUGGUGCGAGAGCUCAUGGACCAUAAAGCAGACCUGGCAGUAGCUCCUCUGGCCAUCACCUACGUCAGAGAGAAGGUCAUUGACUUCUCCAAGCCCUUCAUGACGCUGGGGAUAAGUAUCCUGUACCGCAAGCCCAAUGGCACCAACCCAGGGGUCUUCUCCUUCCUCAACCCCCUCUCGCCCGAUAUCUGGAUGUAUAUUCUGCUGGCUUGCUUGGGUGUCAGUUGUGUGCUGUUUGUCAUAGCCAGGUUUAGCCCCUAUGAGUGGUACAACCCGCACCCAUGCAACCCAGACUCGGAUGUAGUGGAAAACAAUUUUACGCUGCUCAAUAGUUUCUGGUUUGGAGUUGGGGCUCUCAUGCAGCAAGGCUCAGAGCUCAUGCCCAAGGCGCUGUCAACUCGAAUAGUGGGAGGCAUCUGGUGGUUCUUCACCCUCAUCAUAAUUUCCUCCUAUACGGCCAACCUGGCUGCCUUCCUCACUGUGGAGAGGAUGGAGUCCCCCAUAGACUCAGCCGAUGACCUGGCCAAGCAAACUAAAAUCCUGUAUGGUGUGGUGGAGGACGGUGCCACCAUGACCUUUUUCAAGAAGACAAAGAUCUCCACCUAUGAUAAGAUGUGGGAAUUCAUGAACAGCAGGAGGCAAUCUGUGAUGGUCAAGAACGUGGAGGAGGGCAUCCAGCGCGUUUUGACCUCGGACUACGCCUUCCUCAUGGAGUCCACCACUAUCGAGUUUGUGACCCAGCGCAACUGCAACCUCACACAGAUCGGAGGCCUCAUAGAUUCCAAAGCCUACGGAGUGGGAACACCUAUGGGCUCUCCGUACAGAGACAAGAUCACGAUAGCCAUCCUGCAGCUGCAGGAGGAAGGGAAGCUGCACAUGAUGAAGGAGAAGUGGUGGAGAGGGAACGGCUGUCCCGAGGAGGAAAGCAAAGAAGCCAGCGCUCUGGGGGUGCAGAACAUUGGCGGGAUCUUCAUCGUGUUGGCUGCGGGACUGGUGCUGUCAGUGUUCGUGGCUGUAGGGGAGGUCCUUUACAAGUCGAAACAGAACGCCCAGCUGGAGAAGCGAUCAUUCUGUAGUGCCAUGAUGGACGAGCUGCGGGUGUCUCUGAAGUGCCAGCGCCGUCUCAAACAGAAGCCUCAGCCGCCCGUCAUUGUUAAGACAGAGGAGGUCAUCAACAUGCACACGUUCAACGACAGGAGACUCCCAGGAAAGGAAACCAUGGCAUAAAGGCUGAAGGCACCCUGAAAAACACCCCUCAGUAAAAACCAUGAAGGGGAGAAGGGGUCAAAUUAAUGCUGACUUAACCCCUGAGUGAGGUUAACAGUCAAAACAGGAUUCCUUUUGAACCCACUUGCUUAUGUAGACAGAUGUUUCCUGUGGAAAUAUAGAUACCUGAGCAGUGUCACCUCACUGUGACGUUCACUUUUUGAAGGGAGCUGGAAAGGAAAGACUUGAUAAAUUGAUAAAUGUAAGUUGAUAGAGGAUCCAAGCAGGUUUGGGACAAAACAUAAAUCUGGUCCACACUAGAAGUGGACCUAAACACACAAACACACACACACAUACAUCUAACACAUAUAUUCACACACACACACUCUCUCAUCUGACACCUGUGCAGAAGGGAAACUCUAUUGUGACAGUAACACCAGAUGUAGUUUUUCUGUUGAUGUCAAUGCCCUUUUGUCUUACCUCCAUGUGUGUGACCCCCAUCGGUCCCUCCCCUCAGUGGCUUGAGUUUCUUGCAAAUGAUUUGAACAAACACUAAUCUCACAACAACAAAGGGAACGGUAGUCAGUGACAAAUGGUUUACUAUGAACUGAUGUGUAAAAGUGAUUAUCUAGUUUGGAAACAUUUAUGCUGACCUUGUCGAAUACUCAUUGUUUUCUUCUGUAACGCCUUUCUCGUGCCAAAGUUCUGCCAUUGUAAAGAACUUUCUACCAUGCCUGUUAUGUUCAAAGCCUCUACAAGCAAUGUAUACUGUCAAAGUUCUCAUUCAUGUCCGUCCUUACACGCGGUCUGCAGUUUUCACUCUGUAUCAGUUGUUGUUUAAAUGCAGGAUUUCUACAAAAAUGUUUGUUUUUGUACAAGAACAAGAAGUUUUGUAGUACUUUGUAUCAUGGUAGCCCCUCGUGUGGACAAAAAUAUGUAGCAGAUACCACCUCAACCCUCGAACUCUGACAAGUGGCGGCUACGGGGCUUCAAACUCUGCUGUGUAGGGCUCAUCUCUCUCAUCAUUCAGAGAUACAGUCUUUUUGUCUGUUAGUCUUGUGAGGCCAGUUGUAUAUACAGAGGGAUAUAUAUGUCUGGAGACAAUGUGGUGGAUUUUUGGCUUAACAAUGAAACUCCAAAGUAAAUUUGAAAUUUCUAAACCAGUCCUGCUCCUCCAAGGCAAUGCUCUAAGUAGGAAAGCUGGUGACUCAUUUGAGAAAUUGGAAGGUUGCUCUUGUAGCUAACUGUAGCAAUGAUGAGUCACCAUGAAGAUGUAGUGAAAAAUGCACAUGUUGCUUGUGGUAAAGAUAAACAUAAUGUUCUUAAAGGGAUGAGCUUGUUAAGCUAGUGGAGUGCAAACAAUUAUUGGAUUUUUGACUGGAAUGAAAUCUUGAAAGUCUUUCUAAACUAAUGAACACAAUCUGCCAGUGCAGUAAAUGCUUCAGGAGGCCGUCAUAUUUCCAAUACAAAUCAGCUACUCUCAAUUUAUUAGAAAUGAAUGUCUCUAUAAUAAGGCAGAUUACUGCAUUAGAAGAAGAGUAAAGUCACUUUAUUUGAAACAAAUUGAAAUAAUCUCAUUGUAAGAACACUGGAAGAUAUUAGUCACCAUUUCAGAAAAUAUUGCUUUUAGGACAUAAUAAUGGGCAAAUAACAAGAUGUAGAGUUUGCAUCUCACCACAGGUUUAGCAGCUGUUCUGGAGCUUUCAAUCACAUCGCAUGAUCUCCAUCAGCAGAUGGAGUUUGCUCAGUUGUCAUGUCAACUUUAAAGACACAAAGACUCCUUAAAGUGCUCAUUAACAAGACUAGGUCCAAACCUAGUAUAUGACUGGACCGUGUAUGGGUGUGUCAAACUGGGGCCAGUUUGUUACAGGGAUAGUCAGUCAGUGGUGGUAUCUAUAAUGUGAAUUCCUGGAAAUUAAAUGUUCAUCUGGAGGCUGUGGUGGAAAUUAUAAAUGAAAGUUUUGACAGGCUCAUCUCCUCCCAGUCACUGCAGUUACAGCAAGCACACCUACACUAAACUGAUGUAACAGCUACAUGAGUCUCAUGUUUUACCUGCAAGACUCGUAUUUUAAUGCUGUUGUUCAUCGUUUGUGAUGUGAGGAUGUCAAGAGAAAUAAAAAAUUUGCAUCCCAAUAUUAAUUCAGUUACAGAAUCCAAACUCACCGUGCAGCGCCUCUCCUGUCGGCUGCUGACAGUGCUGCCAGCCGGAGAGUUGAUCACAAUGGACAGUAAAGGAGGAGACGCAGAGAAACCGGUACGCGUCUGUUUAAAUAGGAGUUUAGCCAACUUCUCAGAGUUCUGAGCAGGAAACACCAUCACUCUGCAUUGCGCUGCUGUCCUCUGUUUCCAUCAGUUAUGUAUUUAGGUCAUUUAGAGACAAGACUGUAACAGUUGCAGUGCAACAGUGCAGUCUGUCAUGUUGUCACACAUAUCCAGUGGGAUCAUGUCAGUAAAUUUGAGUAAAAUACAGACUUCGCUCAUCCUGUGCCAACGUGGAAGGUAAUUUCUAAAUCACAUAAGGUCCACAGGUGAUACUACUCCUGUGCAGAUAGAGUUAUGAGUGGAAGCGCUGUAAACACCCCCUGAUGAUGUAAAUAAAGUCAUUUUGAUAGCAUGACGGCCAAUAGGGAAACGCCAAUACUAGGCCGGCUGACCAAUGGUGUAAUUUACUCACUCACUCUUUCACUCACUCAGUCAUGGAUAACCACGUGUAGGACUGGCCCUGCAGUUGCGGUCCAGACAAAAAUGGAAAUUUGAACAUCUCCAGUUCCAACUGGACAGUUCCAUCUGCUGAUGUACAUCAUGUGAUAUGAUAAAAAGCUCCAGAACAGCUACUAAAUGGACAUUUUGGUGAGAUUGUUUCCUUAACUCCAGUUUCUACUUUGGACCUCAAUUAUGGGCCACAUGGGAAUGUAAAUGUGUAAAGCUUUGAGGAACUUACUAUAUGUUACCAUCGCAAAAUGUCUCCUGCCAAGUGAUGCUUCUUCCUUGUUGCCUCAAGUGGACUUGAGCAACUCAGGAGCAUGUUGUCAAUGAUAGCCUGUUGGCGGAGCAGCCGAUUUAUCAACUAAUUUUCUCCAGACGUGUAUUCUCUCCACAAAGUGACAAGAUCACAUCAGGUCCCACGACACCACUCGUCUGUUUAACUCUGUUUCAUGUUGUGAAAUGACAAGCAUCCUUGGUAGGUUGCUUCAUAACUACCCCCUGACUUCCCACUAUACCCAGUUUAGUCAUUUGAUCUGUUAUUCCGGGGCUGUUAUUCCCGACAAAGAAACAUACACACCCAAGGGCCAGCCAAUGCUCGUGAUGACAUCUCUGCUGUACAUGAAAGGAUAUACUAAAACGAUCACAUAUAGACAUAAUGAAAAUUGACGGGGGAAGGCAUAAUCCUGAAACUCGUUGGCGUUCUACCAGUGUUGCUUGUCAUUUUCCACGCAGCUAGAUCUAGUGGUGCAAGCUGAAGUGAUUGAAUACCUGGACAUGUUCAUUAGAAACGACUCCAAAGGCUUAGCUGUCCUGUUGAAAACAAAUAUGAGCUCAUGGAAUUUGACAUUGAUGCAAGGUUUUACAAAUAAUGCCAUUAAAAAUGUAAUAAUUGUAACUUCCGUACAUCAUUUUUGUAUUCUUCUGAUAUCAAACGAAGAAAGACAGGCGGAUGUGUGUUGGUAACUAAUUUUGGAAUGCAUCAGCUGACGCCAUCAUGCA